CAAAAAGUGGCCAGUGGCAAUAAGAUUUCUAGAUUUUCCGUUUAGCUUCCCAGUAACGCGAUCUAUUUGUCGCAGUCUCGUUCUCAAUUUUCGGUGGUCGCGAUAAAAUUUAUCUGAGAGUACUAGCCGGCAACAGGUGAAACAAAAAAAGAAAAUCGGAAAAGUGUCACCAACGCAACCAGUGUGAACUCUGUUUCUAUCAAAAAGUGCGAAUUUGGACAAGUUGAUUUGAGGACAGGCUUAAGAAUGCCAAAUUAUAAGAAAAAGAAACAUCAUUCGCAGCACAAACAUGGACACCAGACGAAAUCAACCAAAAAAGACUGUGAAAAUGAUGACGACACCCUCCAAAGUGGAUGGUCAAAAUUAUAUGAAAUAAAAACGUCGGAAAUGAUGGGUCGUUACUUAGUUGCAACAAAGCCUAUUAAACCAGGUGAUGUUCUAAUUGAGGAAAGCCCAUUGGUAGUCGGCCCACCGACGGAAUAUGGACCGGUGUGCCUUGGAUGUUUGAAAAAAGUUGUUUUUCCUCAAUCGCAGUGCAAGUGUCCAGGAUGCCACUGGCCAAUUUGCAGCCAGCCUUGUGAAAAACUCAACCAGGACCAUGGCCACACAAACUUUGAAUGUAACUUUCUCCGCGAAAAGAAUGUAGUUCAAUUCAUCGAAAAAUAUGGCGACAAUGAUCUCAAAGUAGCUUACGAAAUAAUUUUCCCUCUACGAUGCCUCCUUCUAAAAUUACAUGACAAGUCGAAAUGGGAGCAACUCAUGGAAAUGGAAGCCCACAAUGAUAUUCGGAAAAAUAUUACUUGGCUGUGGACACGAAAUCAAACGCGGAUUGUGAACCGAAUCCGUAAUGAGUGGAAAAUUGACGAUUUUACGGAAGAAGAAAUCCACACUGUUUGCGGGAUCAUCGAGGUUAAUUGCUUCGAGGUUGGACACGAAGGUGCCAAAGGACGAGCUUUGUACCCAACAUCAUUCCUAAUGGCACAUGAUUGCUCUUCAAAUUCAACGCAUACAGACAAUCCUGAAAAUUUCUCAAUGCAGAUACGGGCAAUGCGAGAUAUUAAGAAGGGAGAAAGCAUAACUGUCAAUUAUGGAUAUAUUCUAAUGGGUACAUUGAAAAGACGAGAGAGGCUCAACAUGGGCAAGUUCUUCUGGUGUGCAUGUCAAAGGUGCAGUGAUCCAACUGAAUUUGGAACAUAUUGCAGUGCUUUGAAAUGCUCAUCAUGUUCAAAUGGAAUAUUGCUAUCAACGAAUCCUCUUGACCAACAAGCGGAGUGGAAGUGUCUGAAAUGCAGCCAUACAAUUGAGGCUAAGCACAUCUCAUCAAUGUUAGAUAAGUUGUUCGACCAAUUGGACUCCAUCGACCCGCAUGAUGUAAAGGGGCAAGAAAUGUUUAUAGAGAGGUACGGAAAUAUUCUAGGCAGUAAUCAUUAUUUGAUCCUUUCCGCUAAGUACGAUCUCUGUCAACUUUACGGGCGAGCUGAAGACUUUCUUGUGGAUUCCUUAUCUGAAGAUUUACUUAAGCAUAAAGAAGACUAUUGCAGGGACGUUUUGAAGGUUGUGAAAGUUCUGGAGCCUGGAUUAUCCCGAGUGAAAGGCAUCGUAAUGUAUGAACUUCAUGUUCCACUAUUGCUUUUAGCCGGCCAACGACUACGAAAAGAACAAAUUAAUAAGUCAGAAUUUAUGAAAUGUUUGAAGGAAGUCGUCUCGCUCCUUGAGGAAAGUAGUAAGAUCCUCAAAAUGGAGCCUGGACAAAAGGAGCAAGAGAUGGCUCAUGGAGCAGAAAUGGCACUGAUGACGUUAAAGCUACAAAAGUUGUUAUGAUUUUGAUACUGCAUUUAAAUGCAUUUCGAUAUUAGCAUUUUU